CCGCCUCUCUCAUGUGACCUAGUCGGGCUCGCUCAACUCGGCGGCGAGGAGGCGGAGGGCGACAACGACAAGGAAACUCAAGGAGAGGGAAGGAUUAUGGCUAUGGCGGCAGCCGCCGUUGCUGCUGCAUUGCGCGGCAGGAUCCGAAUUCCCCGGCGCUGAGGAGGAGGAGGAGCAGCCGCCGCCGCCGCCAAAGUCGGCCACUUUCUUUCCCAUCAUGGCUGAGCCGCCGGGCGGUAACGGCGCCGUCUCUCCUCCGGCCGGUUUGCCCCGAGAGGUCCGCGAGCAGCUUGCAGAGCUGGAGCUGGAGCUCUCGGAAGGGGACAUUACCCAGAAGGGAUAUGAGAAGAAAAGGGCAAAGCUGUUGGCUCCAUAUUUCCCACAGACCCAAGGGGCUGAUCUAGGUGUUCAAAAGGAACCCCGAAACCAGACAUCUGCUCCAUCUGCAGCUCCAGCACCAUCUUCAUCUAAGUAUCACCGGGCACGCUCUGGGGGAGCCAGAGAUGAACGCUAUCGGUCUGAUAUCCAUACCGAGGCAGUGCAAGCAGCACUGGCAAAACACAAGGAACAGAAGAUGGCCCUGCCCAUGCCAACAAAAAGACGGUCUACAUUUGUACAGUCUCCAGCUGAUGCCUGCACGCCUCCAGACACGUCUUCUGCGUCCGAAGAUGAAGGGUCGCUCAGGCGCCAGGCUGCUCUAUCUGCUGCAUUGCAUCAGAGCUUACAGAAUGCUGAGUCAUGGAUCAACCGAUCUAUUCAGGGGUCAUCCACAUCUUCAUCAGCAUCUUCUACACUAUCCCAUGGAGAAGGCAAAGGGACCAGUGGGUCACUAGCUGAUGUAUUUGCCAAUACUCGAAUAGAAAAUUUCUCAAUUCCCCCGGAUGUUACUGCAACUACCUCAACACCUGCUUCUUCUGCACGCCCAUCUGCUAUUGACCUUCCUCCAUCGGGAAUAGUGAAGGGCAUGCAUAAAGCAUCCAACCGGUCCAGCCUUAUGGACACAGCUGAUGGUGUCCCUGUAAGUAGCAGAGUCUCCACGAAAAUUCAACAGCUGCUCAAUACUCUGAAGCGACCCAAGCGGCCACCCCUGAAGGAGUUCUUUGUCGAUGAUUUUGAAGAAAUCGUGGAAGUUCCACAGCCAGACCCGAAUCAGCCCAGGCCAGAGGGACGUCAAAUGACGCCUGUGAAGGGAGAGCCCCUGGGAGUUGUUUGUAAUUGGCCUCCUGCUUUGGAAGCAGCUCUGCAACGCUGGGGGACGACGCAGGCCAAAUGCCCUUGUUUGACAGCCCUGGAUGUUACUGGGAAGCCUGUGUACACCCUGACAUAUGGUAAGCUGUGGAGCAGAAGCCUGAAGCUGGCCUACACGCUGCUGAAUAAACUGGGCACCAGAAAUGAGCCUGUAUUGAAACCUGGAGAUAGAGUAGCCCUUGUUUAUCCCAACAAUGAUCCUGUCAUGUUCAUGGUGGCGUUCUUUGGCUGUUUGCUGGCAGAAGUCAUCCCAGUGCCGAUAGAGGUACCUCUAACCCGAAAGGAUGCUGGUGGCCAGCAGAUUGGUUUUCUGCUGGGCAGCUGUGGCGUUGCUUUGGCCCUCACCACUGAGGUUUGCCUGAAGGGUCUCCCCAAAACACAGAAUGGAGAAAUUGUGCAGUUCAAAGGUUGGCCUAGGCUAAAGUGGGUUGUAACAGAUUCCAAGUAUCUCUCCAAGUCGCCAAAGGACUGGCAGCCCAACAUUUCAAAUGCAGGGACUGAGCCAGCUUACAUUGAGUAUAAGACCAGCAAGGAGGGCAGUGUGAUGGGUGUAACUGUGUCCCGAAUCGCUAUGCUGUCUCAUUGCCAGGCUUUGUCUCAGGCCUGCAACUACUCUGAAGGUGAAACCAUAGUGAAUGUCCUGGAUUUCAAGAAGGAUGCAGGCUUGUGGCACAGCAUGCUAACAAGUGUAAUGAACAAGCUACACACCAUCAGCGUGCCCUACUCAGUGAUGAAAACCUGCCCUCUUUCUUGGGUACAGAGGGUUCACACUCACAAAGCCAAGGUAGCUUUGGUAAAGUGUCGAGAUUUGCACUGGGCCAUGAUGGCUCACCGGGACCAAAGAGAUGUCAGCUUAAGUUCCCUGCGUAUGCUGAUUGUAACUGAUGGUGCUAACCCCUGGUCUGUGUCUUCCUGUGAUGCUUUCCUGAGUUUAUUCCAGAGCCAUGGGCUUAAACCGGAGGCGAUAUGUCCCUGUGCUACAUCUCCUGAAGCGAUGACUGUGGCAAUUCGGAGGCCUGGUGUUCCUGGGGCACCUUUGCCUGGAAGAGCUAUCUUAUCAAUGAAUGGGUUGAGUUAUAGCGUCAUCCGUGUGAACACAGAAGAUAAGAAUUCUGCUCUUACUGUACAGGAUGUUGGUCAUGUGAUGCCAGGUGGAAUGAUGUGCAUAGUGAAGCCAGAUGGCCCUCCUCAGCUCUGCAAGACAGAUGAGAUUGGUGAAAUCUGUGUCAGCUCCAGAACAGGGGGGAUGAUGUAUUAUGGGCUCACUGGAGUAACUAAAAACACAUUUGAGGUCAUCCCUUUAAAUUCAGUUGGCUCUCCUGUGGGCGAUGUGCCGUUUGUGCGCUCUGGCUUGCUGGGUUUUGUUGGACCAGGUAGCCUGGUAUUUGUUGUUGGAAAAAUAGAUGGGAUGCUAAUUAUUAGUGGACGCAGACAUAAUGCUGAUGACAUAGUGGCCACUGGACUGGCAGUUGAAUCUAUAAAAACGGUUUAUAGAGGAAGGAUUGCAGUGUUCUCUGUGACUGUGUUCUAUGAUGAGAGGAUUGUGGUGGUGGCUGAGCAGCGGCCAGAUGCUUCUGAAGAGGACAGUUUCCAGUGGAUGAGCCGUGUGCUACAGGCUAUCGACAGCAUUCAUCAAGUGGGAGUAUAUUGCCUUGCUCUUGUUCCAGCCAAUACUUUGCCAAAAACUCCUCUGGGAGGGAUCCAUAUAUCUCAGACCAAACAGCACUUCCUAGAGGGAUCCCUGCACCCAUGUAACAUCCUCAUGUGCCCGCACACAUGUGUAACCAAUCUGCCAAAACCCAGGCAAAAACAACCAGGUGUCGGCCCUGCCUCUGUGAUGGUGGGAAACCUGGUUGCAGGGAAGCGCAUUGCACAGGCCUCUGGGAGGGAUCUUGGGCAGAUAGAGGAGAACGACUUGGUGAGAAAGCAUCAGUUCCUGUCUGAGGUGCUCCAAUGGAGAGCACAAGCAACUCCCGAACACAUGCUUUUCCUCCUGCUCAAUGCCAAGGGGGCCCCUGUUUGUACAGCCACCUGCCUGCAGUUGCACAAGCGAGCUGAGCGAAUCGCAUCGAUUCUGUAUGAAAAGGGACACCUCAAUGCUGGUGAUAAUGUGGUGCUGCUCUAUCCUCCUGGCAUCGAGCUCAUUGCUGCAUUUUAUGGCUGCCUAUAUGCUGGCUGCAUCCCUGUGACCGUCCGGCCUCCACAUGCUCAGAACCUCACUGCUACUUUGCCCACCGUGCGGAUGAUUGUAGAUGUCAGCAAAGCUGCCUGUAUUCUCACAAGUCAGAUCUUGAUGAGGCUACUGAGAUCAAGAGAGGCGGCAACUGCUGUUGAUGUGAAAACCUGGCCAACCAUCAUUGACACAGAUGACUUGCCCAGGAAGCGGCUACCUCAGGUCUACAAACCACCAACUCCAGAAAUGUUAGCAUACCUGGAUUUUAGUGUGUCCACAACAGGGAUGCUUACAGGAGUAAAGAUGUCCCAUGCAUCAGUCAGCGCCCUCUGUAGAGCCAUAAAACUCCAGUGCGAACUAUACUCCUCAAGGCAGAUCGCCAUCUGUCUAGAUCCCUAUUGUGGACUCGGCUUUGCACUUUGGUGCCUUUGCAGUGUGUAUUCUGGUCACCAGUCUAUCUUAAUUCCUCCUAUGGAGUUGGAAUCCAACCUUUUCCUGUGGCUCUCCACUGUAAGCCAGUACAAAAUACGAGACACUUUCUGUUCCUACUCAGUCAUGGACAUGUGUACAAAGGGGCUUGGGAAUCAGGUGGAUGUACUAAAGGCAAGAGGCAUUCACCUUUCAGGUGUUCGGACCUGUGUAGUGGUGGCAGAGGAGCGCCCACGAGUCGCCCUUACUCAGUCCUUCUCCAAGCUCUUCAAGGAUAUUGGGCUGUCAUCUCGUGCAGUCAGCACCACCUUUGGGUCAAGAGUCAAUGUAGCUAUCUGUUUACAGGGAACCUCAGGGCCUGAUCCCACGACAGUGUAUGUUGAUUUGAAAUCCUUAAGACAUGACAGAGUACGGUUAGUUGAAAGAGGUGCUCCCCAGAGCCUGCUGCUCUCUGAAUCAGGCAAGAUAUUGCCUGGGGUCAAAGUGAUCAUUGUCAAUCCUGAGACCAAAGGACCUGUUGGAGAUUCUCACCUUGGGGAGAUCUGGGUGAACAGCCCCCACACUGCCAGUGGUUACUACACUAUCUAUGAUAAUGAAACCCUCCAAGCGGAUCAUUUCAACACCCGCCUGAGCUUUGGUGAUGCUGCCCAAACUCUCUGGGCACGAACGGGGUACCUUGGCUUUGUACGCCGGACUGAGCUCACAGCAGCCAGUGGAGAACGCCAUGAUGCACUAUAUGUCGUAGGAGCACUGGAUGAGACUCUAGAACUACGAGGGUUGCGUUAUCAUCCAAUUGACAUAGAGACCUCAGUUUCUCGGACGCACAGGAGCAUUGCUGAAUGUGCUGUAUUCACAUGGACCAACUUACUUGUGGUGGUUGUGGAGCUAUGUGGCUGUGAACAGGAGGCCCUCGAUCUAGUCCCUCUGGUUACCAAUGUGGUUCUGGAAGAACAUUAUCUGAUUGUGGGCGUUGUGGUGGUGGUCGAUCCUGGGGUGAUUCCAAUCAAUUCCAGAGGAGAGAAGCAGCGCAUGCAUCUCCGUGACAGCUUCUUGGCUGACCAGCUGGAUCCUAUCUAUGUAGCAUACAAUAUGUAAUUUUGGGAGGGGCAGGUUGCAGCACAGUUUACAAACUUUGCAAGGACCAGUGAUAAAAGCGGAAACAAAAAGAAGCUGGUUGACAAUUAGUAGUGAUUGUUGUGAAGCUGGACCAUGCUCUCUUACUCCUCCCCUGCAAUCUCUCUUUCUCACUGGUAGACAGCAAGACGGACUGAUCAAAAAGCAAAAGACGGCAGUGAAGAACAUUUGCAUUGCAGGAUGUUAGCUUUACAGACAAUGGAAAGUUGGCCUGCAUGAGAAAACAAAUUACUAAGGCCUUUAUUGUAGUGUUAACUUUUUCAUCUAUUGUAUAUAUUUGUAUUUUUUUCUAAUACUGUUUUAGGAUUCUAUGAGGGGAGGGUUUAUUUAGUUAAGAUAUCAGUGUAUAAGAACAAGGUCAUGUGAGUCCUGCUCAUUCCCCUUGUAAACAGUGUGCUUUGCAACUGUAAGUUAGCUUAAUUCUGUAGUAUUCUGUUAAUAUGGGAUCACACUGCUUACUUAAAAUUGUGCCAUGACCAAAUCCAAUAAUCCACUGAACUGAAGAAUUACUUAUUCAUAUAGAUAUUUCUUGAAUUAAAAAAAGGUUUUUGCCUAUAUUUUAAAUAUGUAAAUAUUAAUAUGCAUAAUUCAUUUAUUUAGAAAAUUGGCUCAAACAACGAUGACCUAUGAGGUAGACAUCAUCUACAGAUUUUAACAAAGUCCUUAAAAUAAAUCGUGUGUGUUAGGCAAUUAAUGCAAGAGAUGCUGGUAAGGUUGUCUGUUCAGUUUUUACUUUUUUUUUUGCUGGCCAGAGUAUGUCAUAGCAUGUAGAAACAAAAGUUUUUAAGGCACAUGUUUAUAAAAGAGGCUGAAGUCCAUAAGCUUUAAAAGCAUUUUAGAAACAAGAAAAACAUUCUGCAACUCUGGAAUGUUUAAUAUAAUCUGUACAGCCUCUGCUUACUCUUGUCAUGAAAUGGUGUUUAGACAGGUCACCAGUUAACCAGAACCACUCAAUUCAUGGUCUAAGUCAUGAUUCCUUCCUUCCUUCACUUGAUCAUUUGUGCACAGUAUCCAAUGCAAAUGCCAGAGCCGCUUUCACUUAAACUGGAAAAAAAAAAAACCCUGCCGUUACCAUGAUGCACUCGCUGCUUUCUGGGUGGGACUCAUUACUGCAAAGUAAAAGCUUUGGCGGAAUGUGUUCAGAGCAAGGACAGUGCAAUUCUGUUGAAAGUGUGGGGAAAUACCUCUCCAAAUAUUCUGAUUAGCCCAUUCAAAGUGGCCAUUCAGUUCCCAGUCUUCAAAGAAUUGCUGACAAUAGAUGCCUUAAAAUGUGCUGGAACCACCAUUGUCUGAGAAUGGUUUGCAGCCCCAUCUCUAAUGGGAGAAGCAAGAUUCCAACCUUUUUUAUUUAUAGCAUCACUUUUUGGAUUGCACCCUUAAUAUUCUUCUUCCCUCACUUCUCCUUAUGUUUGUUGAAAGACACUGAAAGCGGAUGCCUGAAAUGGCGACAACUCUUCUUGGGCCAUUUGUGAUCUAUUGUGUAAAUAGUUAGAAUAUUUUAAUAAUAUCUGUUUACCUACCCUGUAACAAAGUUAAUGUUUUUAGACAUUUUUAAGAGAUAUAAAUAUAAACUUGGAUUAAAUCCUCAACUACAGCAGCUAUAUUAAGUGCAGCUCUGACAACUAUCCCUUAAAACAAAUUCCAAAUGUAUACUUGAAAACCUUUCUGUACAAACUUUCAAACAGUUGGUUUUUUUAAUGGCCUGACACAUUAAUAUUUAGACACAUUUAAAUAUAUCAAAAAAUAUUUACAGUUAUCAUCUGUGGUCAUACAUAUGAUGAUGGGAUGUAUCCCGAAACAAAGAAUUGUGGUAAAAUUAGAACGGGAUAGAGGAAGUCCACUGCUUCAAGCCAUUGAAACAUUAACUACUGGUUCUUAGUGGAGACGGUUUGAAUAUUAUGCAUUAUCAGUAUUUCCACAGUGUGGUGCUGCUACAUAAAUUAAAAUCCCUCUGUGCUUGAAGUAGUUUUAACUCAUUUGCAAUUAUUUGGAAAACACCCAUCUGCCAAGCAGUUGCUGGUAUUCAGCAUGUGAAAGCAUAGUACAGAUGGGCUUCAGCAUAUAAAUGCCCUGUGCACUCCAGCCCUUAUUUAUUAACUGCAAUGUUGGCUAUUAUGAGGUCUCAAUUUUUUAUAAAAAACCACUUUCUCCGUGUCCUUCCACUGAAUGGAACCAUAACAUGUUCCUCUGCUAACAAGUGUGGAGUUUUCUAUACCUAUGUGAUAUCUUUCCUACCCCACACUUCUUUAAACUAUAAAUUCUUCCCUGAUAUAGCUUGAUAGAAAUUUUAUGUGCAGAUCAGAGAACUUCCUAAAGUGGCAUUUUAGAAUUUCCAGUCUGGAAAAUCUCAGUUGUAUUCUGAAUAUCGGGGAAAGAAACCCUACCAGUCUCCAGAUAAAGUUUUUAAACUUGAUUUGUUUGUUAAGCAUUUAAUUUCUUUCCAGUUUAAUGUGUAAUUUUAAUGCAGAGUGUUAUCCUCCAUAAAGUCUUAUAAUUAAUAUUCCAGGGAUUUCAAUUCUACUUGUUUAGGUUUAGGAUCUCUUCAGUGCUGCACAAUUGUUUGCCUUCAGGUAACAUAUACAAAAUGGCUGAGAUUCCAAAGGAGUGACUGUGGAAUCAGUGUCAUCUUUACCUGGGCUCUGACACUGAUUUGCUCUGUGUGGCUUUGGGUAUGUUAUUCCAUGUUCUCCAUCAGUAUAUGAGAUAUUGCAGCUUAUAAAUGGAAUUCAGUAAGGAUGCAGUUCUCUGUAGGUUUUGCUAAGUGAUUUGUCUGGCACUAGCUUGCCCUUCCUUUUCCUGUAUAGCCACCUAUGUAGUGGUGGUGAUGGUUUGUAGUAAAUCCAAAGAGGUAAAACCAAUGUUGCCAGUCCAGUUUUUUUGGAUUUCCUUAUUAGCUCAGGUGAGGUUGAACCUAAAUAUAAGGGAAUGGAUCCAGAGUGUACUUGCUGUUCAUGGAAUGGACCAACAUGUCUUCCGAGGCACUUGAAGGGGGGGAAUUUUGCCAAUUCCUUUCCCCUGCAGCCCCUAUGCCACCUCCCUGGAUGGUCCCACAACUUUCUGGAGAAGCUUUUCAGGGGGCUGCAGGGGAAAGGAGGAAUUGGCAAAAAUCGCUUCCCUCUAACAGGGACAUCGUGUUAGUGGAGUUCAGUUCAUGGGAACUCUGGAUUCAAGCCAAUAGGUUUUCAACAUUAUCCAUUCCCAUGAAGCCGUUUGGAACAGCUGUUAGCCUGAGAACUACUAUGAACACAUAACAAUGAAACUAUCUUUCACGUCUUACUUUAAAAGAAUUUCUGCUCUUGUUAAGUAUAUUCAUGUAACUGUUACACCAAGCCUGUUCAUUUACACUGGUUUUCUGAUUUUAGUUGGCUGUGCAGUCACGAAUUAUGGACCAUGCUUAACUGUGCUGGAGAUAUGGUUGUAACCCCACCACCACCACAAAAUUCAUUGUCUUUAGCCCUGAAGGUGUUCUUUUUCCUUUCUUUGAUGUCAAUACGUUUACCAUUGUCAGAUUCAAAUUACAACAGUGUAAUUAUGUAUAAAGUUUUUUUUUAUUUAUUUGAAAUUAGGUUUUAGAUAUACUUUUUUUUAAAAUUUAACAUCUGGCUGGACAGUGUUCCAUUAACGCAUUGAUUGUGUCUCCUUUGUCUUGUGUUAAUAAAUAAUGAUGCCUGA